CGAAGGAGGAGGGACCGCGCGCCACCAUCACCGCGUCUUUGUGAGGCGCCGCUCUCAGACUCCUCGUGGCAGAGGAACCGAGAGAGCGCGACUCACGCAGCCAUGUCGGGGCUCAUCAAGAGAAACUCCAACUCCCACAAGGAGGAAGACCCGCAGGUCACGGAGGUGAUGCUGUCCCCGCGCGCCCCGGACGACAAGGCGGGCGCCGGCGAGUCGGUGGCGCUCAAGCGCACCAUCACGCUCACCAACGGCGUGGCCAUCAUCGUGGGCACCAUCAUCGGCUCCGGCAUCUUCGUGGCGCCCACCGGCGUGGUGAAGGAGGCGGGCUCGGUGGGCGCGUCGCUGGUGGUGUGGGCGGUGUGCGGCGUCUUCUCCACGGUGGGCGCGCUGUGCUACGCGGAGCUGGGCACCACCAUCACCAAGUCCGGCGGCGACUACGCCUACAUCCUGGAGGUGUACGGCUCGCUGCCCGCCUUCCUCAAGCUGUGGAUCGAGCUGCUCAUCAUCCGGCCCUCCUCGCAGUACAUCGUGGCCUACGUCUUCGCCACCUACCUGCUGAAGCCCGUCUUCCCGGAGUGCGCGGUGCCGGCGGACGCCACCAAGCUGGUGGCCUGCCUCUGCAUCCUGCUGCUGACCUUCAUCAACUGCUACAGCGUGAAGGCCGCCACCAGGGUGCAGGACUUCUUCGCUGCGGCCAAACUGCUGGCGCUCGGGCUCAUCAUCGUCAUCGGCUUUGUCAGGAUCGGCCAAGGUAAAACCGACCGCCUCCUGCCGGAGAAUUCCUUCGAGGGGUCCAAAUAUGAGUUUGGCAACUUGGGUCUGGCCUUCUACAGCGGCCUGUUCGCCUACGGUGGUUGGAACUACUUGAACUUCGUCACGGAGGAGAUGAUCGAGCCGUACAAGAACCUUCCUCGGGCCAUCAUCAUCUCGCUGCCCAUCGUGACCGCCGUGUACGUCCUGACCAACCUGGCCUACUUCACCACCCUCAGUCCUGAGGCCAUGAUCAACUCCGACGCCGUGGCUGUGGACUUCGGGAACUACCACCUGGGCCCCAUGGCCUGGAUCAUCCCGGUCUUCGUGGGUCUGUCCUGCUUCGGCUCGGUCAACGGCUCGCUCUUCACCUCGUCCAGAUUAUUUUUCGUGGGUUCUCGGGAAGGUCACCUGCCCACUCUGCUGUCCAUGAUCCACCCCACCCUCCUGACCCCCCUCCCCUCACUCAUAUUCACCUGCGUGAUGACGCUCCUCUACGCCUUCUCCGACGACAUCUUCUCCGUCAUCAACUUCUUCAGCUUCUUCAACUGGCUGUGCAUCGGCAUGGCCAUCGUGGGGAUGAUGUGGCUGCGCUACAAGAAGCCUGAGCUGGAGCGACCCAUCCGGGUCAACCUGCUGCUGCCCAUCAGCUUCGUGCUGGCCUGCAUCUUCCUCAUCGUCGUCUCCUUCUGGAUGACGCCCAAGGAGUGCGCCAUCGGCUUCGGCAUCAUCGCCACAGGCGUGCCCGUCUACCUGGUGGGCGUGUGGUGGCAGAACAAGCCCAAGUGGAUGCUGCAGGGAAUCUUUUCCACCACGGCCUUCUGCCAGAAGCUGAUGGAGGUGGUGCCUUGAAGAGCCGGAGCCGGACUGUGACCUCUGACCUGUGACACACACACACACUUCUGUCCCUCGCUUUGCUCUGUUGAUGUUGCUGCGCGUGUCGCGGCGCCGUGCCUUCUGAGGAGCGCGGACGACGUCCGAGGAGGGCGGCGCAGCCAAAACAUUAUGACCACUACCCAUCACACCCCACCUCCCCCCGCUGCUCUCCGCCUGCACCAGCUGCAUCCAGCCUUGUGACGCCUUCGAGGCAUCGCGGCGAAAACUAGCGCAGACCCAAACUCAAAAAAACCCUGGAGGUCAUGAGACCAGAUUUAGUUUGUAUUCCACUCUCACUAGCAAUUUUGCGUGAAUAUAGAAGCGACUCUCAGAGAAGCAACUUUAUCAAGUCAUUAUCCUUUGUAUUGUGGCUUCAGCUAGAGGCCGAACUACUGGCCUCAGGUCCAGCCCGACAUCUGGCGCCCACUCGUCAGUGACCUCAGUCCAGUUCUCCAUCACUCCACUUCCUCCAACGACCCGCCUCCUGCCCGGCUCCUCCUCAAUUUUAGCUUCAAGAGACUCUUAAGCUCCCGGUAAAACAUCUCUGAAUCCUGAGACCAGUUUGACUCCAGAGCUCUGGAUGGCGCUCACGUGCCAAGCCUACAACCUCCCGUGCUGGAGGGAGGUGGUCAUAAUGUUUUGGCGCAAGGAGGACCCCUCGGUGCCUCGUGUCCCUCCUUCUCUUAUCAGCUUCCGUGGUCGGAGCACACUCAGUUCCCUCUCAGAACCUUGACACACUCGCUCCGAGUCGCUGCUGCGACGUGCCACGUCCAAGCUGCGGCAGUUCAUUCACAUCAGAUGUGAAGGCUCUGCCCAACUUUGAAUUAUGACAAGGAAAAAAGUCGUUUUUAAUUUAAUUUUUUACAUUUUUGUUUCAGGAAAGCUCUUAACAAUAGUGACUGUAGACCUGCUAGUGCUAUUUAUGGAUGGAAGUGUGGUGACCUCAUCAGUAUUCGACGACACUCGCACAGUUUUGGGGGGCGGAGCAAGUGCCGUGUAUUGUAGCUUCCUGUGUGCAGUAGCACGACCUCACCGCAGCAGCUUCUGGGUCAUCAGGAGCCAUUCUGAAGAUCUUGUCGAGCAAGGAUGAUGUCAUCAGAUGGCUGGGAGGACACGCCCCCAGCUUGCUAGCAAUCUGCCAUGCUGAGUUUUUUACUUUCAGCUGUCUGUGAACCGCAAUGAAGCCUAACAGACCAAAACAUUACGACCACCCAGCUCAUGCUCCUCUUCGCCUUUUUUCUGUGGUCGUAAUGUUUUGGCCAAUCCGUGUUUUGUUUGUAGAAGGGGUUGCAUCUCACAGCGGAGCAGCAGCAGUUGUGUGUGUUUUUUGUAGUGCAACUCCGACAAUAGUGGUGGAUUGAGAGCCGCGUUGCCGUGGCGAUGUUGUUUUCUAACGGCACUAACGCAGAUAGGACCAUAGACUUAACUUAUUUAUUUGUAGGAAACCUUUUCUGGACUUGCUGUUUUCGUCUGUGUUUACACUCUUGUUUGUUUUGGAAGGACAAAUAAAUCUGGUGGAUUUUUUCCACUCCGCGCCUCCAGAGCUGUUUGUGCUCCCUGCCUGUCUCUUCAGUGUCGACUGGAGCCCGAGACCUUCCUGCUCCGGAGCAGCCGCUGGGGUUCAAAGUCAAACGCCGUCCUGCAGUAGCAUCAGAAGGCAUCGCUCCAUCACAGUGUUGGCUCAGCAUCAGUUCGGUUUUCCACUGUAACAACAAUAGCUACAGUCAUUUCUGUGGAGUUACGGAUGCAGAGAGACAGUGUGAAUGAAUUUCAUAUUCACCUGUAAAAUUUAAAGCACAAAGCCUUAGACUUUCAAAAUGUGCCACCCAGCACUUGAGUCUCCUUUGGCCCCGCCCCCUCUUCGCAGCAUGUGCGGCCUCAUAUCCCCUCCCUCCUUGUUGAGAUGACGUCAUGUGCGACGCCAAACGAUUUGUCCACAAAUCUUGGCGCCAAGGGUCGCGACUCGGACGUGACGGCCGACCUCCAGAUCCACCUCUCUCCAGGCUGUUUCUGAGCCUGUGGAACAGAUCAGCAGCUACUGUUUGACUGAGCCGCUCACACACACCUUUAGCUCUCAGACUCCGCCCCCAUCCAGACCUCCGUCAGGCUCCGCCCUCGUGAGGAGCUCCGGAACAAAACAGCCCAGAAACUACUCACCGAACAUCAG